UAAUUUCAACGGAGAAGUGUUGCGUUAAUCGGCCAGGGCCUACGGGAGUAUGAACAGAAGCCGUUGUGAGCCUGUGACGCUGUCCAGAGAAGAGGGAAUUCGCCGUAGCAGCGCCGCUGGAUCCCGAGGUAGAAACGACCGCCGUCCUCCAUCUAGGCAACUAGGAUUCCGGCCUGUCCGCCAUCAGCGCCACUCUCGGCCAUCCUCCGUCAAAUCUGCAAUUUUUAGGUGUUAGUGGAAAUAGCAUUCAAAAUCUCAAGGAGUUGUCUAACUAUCUAUAAUGGAGUUUUCGGAAGACUGGAAGUCCCUAUGGCCCGUAUCCUUAUCAUUUUCUCCUCCACUCCUUCUCCCAAACAAAACAUCAAAACGGCAGCGUCUCGAGAAAAGAUCUAUUGGACCUCUAAUCUUCAACCCAUGUCGGGAAACGCUGAUUGAGCUUUUUUACUCCCCUUCCAUAUCCCCUCGCCUUCCUCCACCAUAUCCAGAAGUCACCCUUCCAAAAUAUCUACUUACAUCAAGUGCCUUACCCAUUGCCUCUACCAUUGCAUCUGAUUUGAGAGGCUCGCAGGAUCCUGACACUGUUCACAACUUCAAUGCUCUUCAGUUGCUUCAUUGCCCGAACCUAGAAGCUGAUAGUGAUGAUACUAUGGUUCUUGCUGUUUUCCCCACUGGUGAUAAUUCUGACCAGCUAGGGCUUGCUGUGCUCACUUUGAACGAUUCUAAAUUUAUGAGCGUUAAGAAACUCAAGGAUAGGAGCGAUUUCUUUGUGCAUAGUCACAGGUUGAACCAUCGGAUAUCUAGAUUAUUGAUCAAUCCAGUUAAUGAUUUUGAUGUCUUUUUAUCGUCUUCAUCUUCAUCCUUUUGUUAUACUGUUAUUGGAUAUGUCAUGGUUUGCACAACAUAUUCUGUGCAUUGGUAUAUUGUUAAGAUGCCUAGAGAUGUUGGCUUAGGGGAUGUAGUUUUAGAAUAUGGUGGCCAUGCUGGUGUUAAGUUAUUUCAAGGUUCUUCUAUUAUUCAUGCCUGUUGGAGUCCACACUUGAGUGACGAGUGUAUUGUGCUUCUUGAGAACGGUAAACUCUUCUUGUUUGAUAUUAGUUUUUGUUUGAAGAAAAUUAACAGGAGAACGUUAGACGUGCAAGGCCAACAAUUGUGUAUUUCAUGGGGCAGUUACUUGAAUGAAAAAAGUGGGAGCUGGUUGAGUUGUGAAUUCAGUUGGCACACUCGACUUUUGGUGGUUGCUCAUUCUAGUACACUUUUCCUAGUUGAUUUGAGGUCUGACAGCUGUGAAGUUUCCAUUUUAUUAAAGGCUGAUUUUUUAUCGACUGAGAACUUUGAUAGAUUUGUUGCUAUAUCUCAGUCAGAUUCUAGCGGAUUUUGUUUUGCAGUGUCUUCAAACAGGUUGCUUAUACUCUGCGAUGUGAGAAAACCAUCUAUGCCAGUCUUGCAAUGGGCUCACAAUCUCCAAAACCCUAAAUACAUUACCGUUCUCAAAUUAUCCACACUUCGCCCAGCUGCUGAAGAUAAUUAUGAUUUCAAGUGGGCAUCUGAAUCCGGCCACUGCAUUUUAUUAGGUUCGUUUUGGAGUUGUGAAUUUAUUCUUUUUUUCUACGGACCACCGGAUGACAGGAGAGGACCCCAUGCUAUUUCAAGUGUGUGCAACUCAUUGUCUUCAUGGGGCGUACCUUCAGAACUUUGUUUGUCGGGGCGUGAAUGCUUUUGUGGAAGUUGUCUCGUAAAAGGAGAUUUCCUUAAGGAUCUUCUUCCGGUUUGGGUUGAUUGGAAACAGAAGAAACACAUUGUUUUGGGUUUUGCAAUUCUUGAUGGGUUCUCUCUUGUUAGAUUAAUGUCCUCUGGCAAACUAGAAGCUCAAAGAUACGUUGCGGCUUGGGAAUUCAAUAACAUUUCCGGAGAAGCCCACAAAGAGUCAAUGUUGAGUAUCACCGAAGAGAAUUUUUUGUAUGACACAUACGAUAAUGAGGAGCAUACAAAACACAAGUUUGAAUACCUGAGAAUGGACUUCCUUAAAGAGUAUUUGUGUGGCAAUCUUGCUCGGCUUGUUGACAAUAGACAAAAAAGCAAUCAGAGGUGUGCUGAGGGAAACAAAUCAAAGUUCCAUCAUGAGAUAUGUGAGAAGCUAAAGGAAUGUGGCACUGCAUUGCUAAGACCGCCACAUGUUAUUUCGGUAAUAUUAAAAAAAGCUGUCACCUUUCCCACUAGCAUUAAUGAGGUUGUAUUGAAAAGUAUUUGGGGUAGUUUGCCUAUGAAUCUCCUUGCCUUGGCUGCUUUUUCUGCCUUUUUCAAUGGCAGUAAAGUGUAUUCAGAUAAAACUCGAUUUCUUUUUCCUUUUGCCUCUUCAUCUGAGGAACAAGUGCGAUCUUCUUAUGAUGAUGUUGCUGCCCAUGUCUGCCCAGUUCUUCCCACUCAUCUCUUGAUUGUUCUUCGUAAGCAACAAUUGGAAGAAACUGGUAUUCCCCCCGUUGAUGAUGAAUUUCAAAAUGAAUGCGAUAAAGUUUUGAAAACAGCAUUUGCAAUGCAGAAUGGAGAGAUGUUAUCACUUGCCGAUGAAAAUGAUGAGAUACCAAAAAUGGCUGAAAAAAUGAAUGUUUUUUGCUUUCAUAAACCUACUUUUACUUCUUCAAGAUCCGAUGACAACCUAAGUAGGAGGAGAUAUGAGACCUUUGUUUCCAAGAAAUGUCAGAAAGAGGUCUUAGGGGUGGUGAAGGAGGUCUUUGAUGAGGGAUGCCCAUUAGAGUUGAAUUUCAAUUGCUGUGAUUUCGACUUGACACCAAAUGAACUAGAUUUUCUUCAGCGCAUGAAGAGGCACGACUUGAUUUUUGUAGAACGAUUCCAGCCAUAUCAAGAAUAUCUGAACAGCCAAGAAAGAUAAGUUGGUGGGAUUCAGUUGUUUUUCCUAAUGUUGAGCAUUGUGAUGAAGCUGAUUUUAGCAUGCAGAUACAGGAGCUUGCUAACAAGAGAGAAGCUGACCCAAGUAUACCACCCCUUUUUAUGUUCUCUCGGUGAUGUCUAUUCAAUUUGUUGUGAAGGUUAGUUCAGUUUGCAAAGAAGUAACCGCAGAGCACAUCGACUGAAACGAAGCUGAAACACAGAGCACCUCUUCAUCGACUGAAACUGCAGAGCACAUCGACUGAAACAGAAAGGAGAUUCCAUUUCAUCUAUGAACAAGGCUUCCACAAACGAUCCCCAUCUUCUGAAAUGUCUUCAUCUUCGUUUACUUCAAACAGAAAGGAGAUUCCAGAUCUGAACUACGAAUCCAGCUUUUAUUGUUAUUGUGGUUUGAAGGCUCUGCUUUGUGUUUCCAGACAAAGCGGUCGUAUGUUCUACGGAUGUCAAGGAUGGAAGGAAAGAAAAUCUUGUGGAUAUUUUUGUUGGAAAGACGAAAGUAAUAUACAACAACUACAACGGCCUAAAGUGAGCUUGGAGGAGUUAACGAUUGUGGUUUAUGAUUUACGGGACAAAAUAUUUCGUGUGAACGCAGCAGACUGACAUUGAUGAGAAUAAGAGAUUUAGAUUCUUAGUUAGUCUUGUGCUAGCUGUGAUCGUAGCAAUGUUUAUGUUCAUUUGUGUGGUGUUAAAAGAAAUUAAUUCAUGAAGUUGCAAUGUAUGUUAGAUAGCAUGUUUGUGGUACUUUAUGUAGACCUUUGGUCAUACGCAUCCUAUGAAAUAUCUGUAACAACCAUGACAAUAUUCUAAUGCUAAUGUAUUAGAUCUGAUUUAUUUAUUGCUCCAGGUCUGAUUUUCUAUUU